UACACCAUCACUACCACCACUACACCACCACUACCACCACUACACCACCACUACACUACAACUACCACCACUACACCACCACCACCACACAGAGACAUCACCAUGGUGGUUGUGGUGGUCACUCCAGUGGCUCCAUGCUGCUGACGAUUCCCGGCAAGGAGGCAGCAGCGCUUCCUAGCCCUUCGAACGCUCACGAUUGUCACAAUUAACACAACAACAACAGCAACAACAACAGCAACAACAACACAGCUAACGUAAGGAGAGCGGCGACAAAGUGCCAGCGAUGGGAAGCCGUUCCGUUCCCUCGGGGGGACUGCACGGAGUGGAUUCCGGCCCCGACUUCUGGCCUCACGUGGCAGAGAAACCCGAAGCCCCAGUUGACUGUGAAGACGGCGGCGGGCACGACAGCAGCGACGACGAUGACGUUAACACCGGCCACCGUGACGCCGUGGCAGAGCAGACGCUGGCGCCCGGGGGAGCCGUGAGCCCCGAGGGGGCCCAGGAGCCGCAGGGCGAGGAGCUGCUGGACGCGGCUUGGAGCGCGGAGACGGAUGAGCUGGACGCCAGCGACCUCGCCGCCCGGCCCGCGGAGAGGCCCCCGGACUCGCCGGCGGGCCGCGCCGGCGGAGGGAGGCCCAGGCGGGCCCAGCGCAAGCGGCGGACGGCCCGCGAGCGCAGCACCACCUGCGAGGAGUGCGGCAAGGAGUUCUCCAACGUGUCCAACCUGAACAAGCACCGCAAGUCGCACGCGCGCCGCCGCGCCGCGCCGCCCGUCCGCCACGGAGACGGCGACGCCGUGGCAGAGCAGACGCCGGCGGACGGGGAGCUGCUGUUGGACGUCGCUUGGGGCGCGGAGACGGAGGAGCUGGCCCCCGCGGACGCCAGCGACCUCGCCGCCCGGCCCGCGGAGAGGCCCCCGGACUCGCCGGCGGGCCGCGCCGGCGGAGGGAGGCCCAGGCGGGCCCAGCGCAAGCGGCGGACGGCCCGCGAGCGCAGCACCACCUGCGAGGAGUGCGGCAAGGAGUUCUCCAACGUGUCCAACCUCAACAAGCACCGCAAGUCGCACGCGCGCCGCCGCGCCGCGCCGCCCGUCCGCCACGGAGACGGCGGCGCCGGCGACAACGGCCACGGCGAACGCGACGCCGUGGCAGAGCAGACGCUGGCGCCCGGAGGAGCCGUGAGCCCCGAGGGGGCCCAGGAGCCGCGGAGCGAGGAGCUGCUGCUGGACGCGGCUUGGGGCGCGGAGACGGAUGAGCUGGCCCCCACGGACGCCGGCGACCUCACCGCCAGGCCCGCGGAGAGGCCGCCGGACCUACCGGGGGGGGCCUAUUUCAUCGGAGAGCGGCCCAAGCGGGCCUACCGCAAGCGGCGGACGCGCGAGCGCAGCACCACGUGCGACGAGUGCGGCAAGGGCUUCUCCAACGUCUCCAACCUCAACAAGCACCGCAAGUCGCACGCGGGCGAGCGGCCGCACGCGUGCGCCGAGUGCGGCAAGCGCUUCAUGAGCCGCUCGGACCUGCGCAAGCACGAGGACACGCACACGGGCGCGCGCUCCAACGCGUGCGCCGACUGCGGCGCCACGUUCUCCAACCGCUCCAACCUGUGGAAACACGAGCGCACGCACGCCGGCGCCCUGACGCACGCCUGCGCCCACUGCGGCAAGUCCUUCCUGUGGACGUCGCAGCUGCGCCAGCACCUGAUGACGCACACCGGCGAGCGGCCGCACGCCUGCCCCGACUGCGGCCGCCGCUUCGUGCAGCCGUGCAACCUGCGGGAGCACGCCAAGACGCACGCCGCCCCGACCGGGCAGGGCGGCGGCGGCGGCGGCGGCGGCGGCGGCGGCGGCCCCCCCCGUCGCCGGCGGCUGCCCCACGCGUGCCCCAAGUGCGGCCGCCACUUCGCGACGGCGCCGGCGCUCGAGGCGCACCUGCGGGCGCACGAGGUCGCCGCCUCGGCCGCCGCGACGGUUCACGCGUGCGCCGAGUGCGGCAAGGUGUUCGGCGACGCCAAGGCGGUGCGGCGGCACCAGCUCACGCACUCGAGCGAGCGGCCGUACGCGUGCGGGGAGUGCGGCCGCACGUUCCCGCGCACCUGCAGCCUCCGCAAGCACCGGCGCACGCACGCCGGGCAGCGGUCGCAGGCCUGUCGCGAGUGCCGCCGCAAGUUUCCGAACGUCGCGGCGCUCCGGAAGCACCGGAAGGCGGUGCACCGGGCGGCCGGAGAGGGCGCGGCGGCGGCGGCGGCGGCUCGGGGGGGGGCGCUGGGAUGCCAGGAAUGCGCCGAGGGCUUUGCGGACAUCGAGGGGCUGCGCCGGCACGAGAUGACGCACACGCACGCUCGCGCCCGGCCCCACGUGUGCCAGGAGUGCGGCCGCAGCUUCUCGCUGCUCGCCAGCUACAAGAAGCACUGCCACUCGCACGACAGUGCCAAGUCGUAG